AUGGAGCAUCUUGAAGACUCCAAUGACCCAACGGGCAGCCGUAGCUUGGUAGUAUCGGCGGGUGAUUUUCUACCAGUUGCGGAUGAGCAACGCACCUCUGAAUACCAGAACGCCAAGCAUUCAAUACACAGGCUUCCCGUCGAACUUCUGACAGAAAUUUUCCUCGAUUUGACUUAUUCCUAUCCACAUCAUCAGUCUGGCGCUUACGCAUCUCUUGGAACUGCUCCCCUUCUCUUAUGCAGGAUAUGUAGCUUGUGGCGCCGAGUCGCACUCAGGACGCCUGCCCUUUGGUGCUGGUUUAGUCUCUCUUAUGGCUUAUCGGUCUCUCCUUUUGUUGGUCCAAAGUUGAUGCGGUGUUGGCUUGAACGCUCGGGCUCGCUUCCUCUCCGCUUCACGUUUGCUUGGUAUCAAGAUUACAUAUCUGCAAACCACAUAUCCCAGGAUGUCGUUGUAGAGAUGCUUCGUAUAUUCGCAGAUUACAUUACCCGCUGGGAAGAGGUCACCAUAUCGACACAUACCCCGUUGUCACUUGCACAGCCUAGUUCUCCUGCACCUCUCCUCCGUGUCUUACGUCUAGAGGGCCCAGAGGUCGGCCGCGUGACGCUGUUGCCUUUCACAUCUGCUCCCCAACUUCGCUCUCUGCGCUGGUGUUUGUCGGAGAGGAUUUCGGGCCCGCUACAGUCCAUUACAGGCGUUCCUUGGGCACAGCUAACGGAGCUGCAGCUGGACAACGCGCUGUCUUUAUACCAGUGUUUCAAGCUCUUGAAGAUGUGUCCCGCACUAGUUCAGUGCUACCUUCUGGUCAGCCAUGCGGACCACAAUAAUUUCCCCUCAAACUUGAGGAUAACACAUGCUACUCUGCGCGACUUCGCCAUCACAGUAUUCACUGAUGUCUCUCCGCUUCUCCGAUCCCUUGUACUCCCUGCACUGCAGAAAUUCGAAGUGGAGAACCACUUCGAAUACAUGUAUGAGGUUCGAUUCCUUCCGCCAUCCGUUCACAGUGCAAUGAUGGCCCUCCUGUCGAAUUCGGCAUGCGUUCUCACAACUUUCCGGAUGACGAACUUGACACUCACUUCGGCGGAAUUAAUCGAGUGUCUCAUGGAAACGGGCGCCGAGCUCGAGGAGUUUGGGUUGUCGUAUCUACGACAGUGGCCGGUGGUCAUGGAUGGUAUACUUGAGCAACUCACGUACCGAGCCCCACCUGCCGCUCCGUGUCUGUGUCCCAAUCUCAAGAGCCUGGAUUUGCGCAAUUGUGUGUGUUCAACAGAUGGUGUGCUCGCCGCGAUGAUCGAGUCGUGGUGCUGCGGGUCAUCUGUCGUAGAGCGACUGCAGAAAUGUUCUGUGGUCCUGUCUCGUGCGCAAGAUAUGGACAUGGAUGCAAUGACGAGAUGA